UGGAUUAUGGAACUUUUUCCGUUAUUCAGGCGGGCUGACAGCUGGGAGGAGAGAGACGCAGAAAAGCGGAAGUUUUUCCGCCUCAGCGUUUACAGAAAGUGAGAGAAAGCAGCGGGAGAACAGUGCCUCACACUAAGCUGCUUCACAAACACUGAAGAAUGAUUUUCCAUCAGCAGUGAUUCCUGGUGUUCACAUUUUACAUGAAGUAUUGAAGGUGGUAACUAUGACGACUAAGAAGCUGCUCAUUGAAACACUGAACCAGUUGAGUCCAGAGGACUUUGCUGAGUUCAAGUCACUCACUGAACUGGAGAAAGAUCUAUCAUUUAGGGAAAAAAAAAAAAAAAAAAAACUGGAGAAAGAUCUAUCAUCCGAGCCAAGGGGCCGACUGAAAACAGCAAACACACAGGAUGUAGUGAAGCUGAUGGAGGAGACGUACAGAGGAGAGAGUGUGGAGGAGACCAGAAAGGCUUUAAUGAAGAUGAACAGGACUGAUCUGGUGCAGAGAUUAUCAGACAAACAGUUUCCUCCACUGAGCCAGAGAGUGGAAACGAUGGAGUCUCUUAUUGAGCUGCUUUUGGAGACACUGGCUGAUCUGAGAGGCAGCGAGGUCAGAGACUUCAUCGAGAUCCUGAGAAGAGAAGGUGGCUCAAUGAGCUCCAUGAGUCUGUCUGAGAUGUCACACCUGCAGGACGUGCAGGACGUGCAGGACGUGGUGUUUUUGAUGGUGAGGACUUUUGGCCAACAGUCAGUGGAGAAGAUCGUGGAGGUCUUAAAGGAGAUGGAGAGGACUGAUCUGGCUCAGAGGCUGACAGACAGCAGCUCAGAAGCUCAAAACAAACAUCUGGAUGAACAUCUGUCUGCACUGAUCCAUAAAGUUGUAACAAUGGCAGCUGUUACAGAUCUGCUUCUAGAAACACUGGAGGAUUUGAGUGAUCAGGAUCUCAAGGAGUUCAUGUUGUUCCUGCAGUUCACUUGUUUUCAGAAGAGUCUUCCACAAAUCAAACUGAGAACUGACAGAAGAGGAAUAGUGAAUGAUAUGAUUGAUAAACUUGGUCAUCAGUCUGUGGAGGUGAUCAGGGAGGUUUUAACAGACAUGCAGAGAACUGAUCUGGUGCAGAGGCUGUCAGAGAGCAGCUCAGGACUCAAAGCUGCAGGAUCAUCAGCUGAAGGAUUUGAUGUGGAGGAAACAGAGAAAGAGAAACACUCUGAGGAUGAACGUUGGCCUGCACUGAUCCACAAAGUAGAAACGAUGGAGUCUGUUAUUGAGCUGCUGCUGGAAACUCUGGAUGGUCUCAAUGAUCGAGAGCUACAUGAGUUCAAGUUGAACCUGCAAGAAAUUCAUCUUCACCAAUAUUACUCAGUCUUCUCAUGGGUGUGGUACAUGAGGACAAACCUGCAGCACACAGUGUUUCUGAUGGUGCAGACUUACGGCCAACAGUCAGUGGAGAAGACCAUGGAGGUCUUAAAGGAGAUGAAGAGGACUGAUCUGGCUCAGAGGCUGUCAGACUGCAGCUCACUGCCUCGAAAGAAACACUCUGUGGAUGAACGACGCUCUGCACUGAUCCACAAAGCGGCAACAAUGGCAGCUGUUAAACAUCUGCUUUUAGAAACUUUGAAUGAUCUGAGUGAUGAGGAGCUCAAGACAUUUAAGAGGCUCCUGCAGACGAUCCUUCCUUGGAGGAAUCUGUCAUUCUUCUCAUAUAGGUUGAGUCCAUCAUCAACCAGAGCAGAUAUAGUGAAUCUGAUGGUGGGUGAACUUGGUCAUCAGUCUGUGGAGGUGACCAGAGAAGUUUUCAUGCACAUGAACAGAACUGAUCUGGUGCAGAAGUUACCAGAGAGCAGCUCAGCAUCCAGAGAGAAACACUCUGUGGAUGAACAUGGAGCUGCACUGUUGAAGAGAGAAAAAGAACAGGAAGCUGUCAGACAGAUUCUCUUGGUAACACUGAAUGAAUUCAGUCAAAAGGAUCUAAAGAAAUUCAAGCAGUUGCUGCCGUUCACGUGCUUUAAGAUGAGCCUGCCACAAAUCGAGAGGUACUGGUAUCAAAACAGAACAGAAGACCUUGUGAAUCUGAUGGUGGAUAAACUUGGUCAUCAGUCUGUGGAGGCGACCAUGGAGGUUUCAACAGACAUGAACAGACCUGAUCUGAUGCUGAGGCUGUCAGAGAGCAGCUCAGGACGAAAAACUGAAAGAAGUUCAGAGCUUGAAGGUUGUCAGAGCCUGACGCAGGACUGCAGUGAUUGGACUAAACUUGAACCUGAGGUGAACAGUACAGAUGCAGACGAGGCUCCAACUUACAGCCUUCAGUCUGCAGCAGGACACUUUGAAUGCAGAGUGUCGGGCUUGCGCUGGGUCUGUAAGGGAAAGACCAGCUUUCAGUACCAGUUUAGAUCUUGGGAGGGACACAUGGAGAGGAUGGAGAGCAGACAAUACAUGCCUGCAGGUCCUCUGAUGGACGUCACAGUCACUGCUGGGAAGUUAAAUGAAGUUCACCUGCCACACUGGAUCUGCAUCGAUGACAUCCCUGACAUAUUGGACACGUUUGCAGUCCUUCACAUAGAUGACUGUGGAGAUGUUGUGGAAAAAGUGUCUGAGGUCACACCAACACAUGUCAAGUUAACUGAACCACAUUUCUCUCUAAUAGGGGCUCUGAUACGUUUAUUCUUUCCUUUGAAAAUCAGCUGUUACACGUUGAUGUACUAUAAACCCAACACAUCAUUUCUUAAACUCCACGUCUAUCCAAUCCGACAGGAUCCUGCUCUGGAACAGGGAAUAGACAAGGAAGAAUCCUCAGAUGGAUACAAAAGAAUCAAGAAACCACACCCAGACAAGUACCUGCAACCUGAGCGUACUUUCAGCCUCAGAGCCGACAUGGAAACAGCAGAAAUUCAACCACAGGAGUUAACCUUCAGAUAUAACAGGAUAAACUUCUAUGAAGUGUUCAUUGAGAAUCCAGACAGAAAACUCAGGCUUACACUCCUGCACUCAAAUAAUGAUGAACCAGUCUGGACAUGUGAUGUUCAUCAAGAUGACUAUCCCAUGUCUGGUUAUGUUGAAGCUUCAGGAGCUUCAAGGGGAGCAUCUGGUGUCAGUACUUCAGGCAAGGACUUUGUGGACAAACACAGAGUCCAGCUGACCAACAGAGUGAGCAACAUCGCACCCAUUUUGGAUGAGCUCCUAGACAAUGAAGUUAUCGACCAAGAAACUUAUACCAGAAUUAGAGCUCUGUCUACCACUCAGGAGAAGAUGAGGGAGCUCUACAUUGGUCCCCUGCAAGCUGCAGCCUGCAAAAAGAUCUUCUAUGACAUCCUUUUGAAAAAUGAGAAAUUUCUCGUUAAAGAGCUCAGUGAAAAGGAUUAAAUGUGUUGAAAAAACAGUUUUUAGACCAAAUAUAGAUCUACCAAUAUCUACCAGAACAUAACAUGAUUACAUUACAAAGGUUUAGAUGCCUUUUCUUUGUGGGGGUUUUAUUUUACACUUACAUUUUUGUAAAAACUGUUCUAUGUGUUGCAUUUGCUCCUCAGUGGCUCCUUUAAUUGAUCCAUUUUACAGGAAAAACUAUGGAUAUUUGAAAGUUUUAUAUUAAAAAAUGUAAAUGUUAUAUAUGUUAAAAAUGAAUCAGCGAUGUCAUCAGCCAUGUUUUUAUCCAAACACGUUCUCAUCCCAAAACGUAACAUAUAUGUGACAAAUCGUCGCUAUGUUGCUCGUUCCCAGGCGUGAGAGCGGGUUGAAAUUGAUAAAUGUAAGGUGAUGGUUAAUGCUAGGGUUAGGGCCGCGAAGAGAAUAAAAAGGGGAGUGCUUCAAUUAAGAAUCCUGAGCGUUCAUAAGGACACAGAGGGGUACCUUUCGCAUUACUAUGAAUCCUCGGGGCCGUGAAGCUGAAUGAGUUUUAUCCAUAAAUCAUCCAAAGCCUCAUUAAUCUCUUUUUCAAUGUCAUCAUCUUAUUGUAACUUGAAACAUAGUGACAACGAUUUACUGUCCUUAAAAAAAAUAAACCAAAAUUA